AUGGGGCUGCUGGCGCUGACCACGGUGUUGGGCAACGCGCUGGUCAUCCUGGCGUUCGUGGUGGACCGGAGCCUCCGCACGCAGGGCAACUUCUUCUUCCUCAACCUGGCCAUUGCCGACCUGCUGGUGGGCGGCUUCUGCAUCCCCCUCUACAUCCCCUACGUGCUGACGGGCGAGUGGAGGCUCGGAAGGGGCUUUUGUAAGCUUGUGAACAUAUCCAGUCACCUUGAUAAUGUUUGUUUGAAUGGAUAUUUCAGAAAUAGCUUUUCCCUGGUACUGGUAAGCUAUGACAACUUCUCUCUCUCUCAGGUCAGUUACAGGGCUCAGCAAGGGAUGACCAGAAAUGCAGUACUGAAGAUGAUCACAGUAUGGAUUGCUGCUUUUCUUCUCUAUGGUCCAGCCAUUCUCAGUUGGGAGUAUAUUGCCCAAAAGAGCAUCCUCCCUGAAGGAGAAUGUCAUGCAGAAUUCUUCUACAACUGGUAUUUCCUAAUGAUUGCCUCUACUAUUGAAUUCUUUACACCUUUCAUCACUGUCACAUAUUUUAACUUAAGUAUUUACCUCAACAUCAGGAAACGCACAUCCCUCAGAAAUGAAAACCUAUCACCUUGUCAAGAGGAUUGUGAAAUGAGUUUCCAGGGGAAAAAAAGAGAACACACCAUAUUUUUUGUAAAACCUGCUACCAGACACAAACACGAGAAGAAGAGAGCACACAGCCUAUCUCCCCCCAAAAAGGCUUCAAAGCUCAGCCUACGUAAGCUUGACAAUCAGUCAUUAAACUUGAAUGUCAAUCAAGACCUUCCACCACUUCAGGUGGAAGUCAAGACCGAACCUCAGAGGAAUGGUUUCUACAAAACUACAGAAAGCGUAUGCAACACCACCAGCAGAGUGGACAUUGCCAACACUAUGGCAAAUAGAUUUAGACUUUCUCGGGAUAAAAGAGUAGCAAAGUCUUUAGCAAUUAUUGUCUGUGUGUUUGGGUUGUGUUGGGCUCCAUAUACACUUUUGAUGAUCAUCAGAGCAGCUUGCCAUGGGCACUGUGUGCCGUAUUCAAUCUAUGAGACUUCAUUUUGGCUUCUGUGGGUGAAUUCAGCCAUUAACCCUGUUCUAUACCCACUGUGCCACAUGAGCUUUAGGAAAGCCUUUAUAAAACUCCUGUGCCCAGGAAAAGCCAAAAUUCAUCCUCAUAUUUUUAUGUGA